GGAGGAGGGGCGGCUACCCUCGCGGGCGGCAGCUGCCUCCUCCCCUCCCCCCGGUUGCCUGGUAACAGGCGCCCCCUCCCCUCUCGCGGGCCAACCCCUCGCGGACAGCGGAGAGUGUCCACCGGCCCGGCCAGCACAACACGACCACGCACUCGCCGGCCGCCGUCUCCAGUCUCACUCGGCCAGCGGCCCUUAUCGAUCCCACAAGGACCUUGGAGGCGACUGGGCGCGGGAUGGACGCCAAGGGCCUCAAGAGGCCCGUGGCGCAGUUCAGCGUGCGCGACAAGCUGGAGGCCAUCGGGCGCGUGCACGCGGGCGAGUCCAAGGCCUCGGUGGCGCGCCACAUCGGCGUGCCCGAGUCUACACUGCGGGGCUGGUGCAAGAGCGAGGACAAGCUGCGCACCGUGGCGCUGUCGUGCGGCGGCGAGGCCAAGGACGAGGCCAAGCGCGCGCGCCACGACGAGCCGCAGGAGCUGGACGAGUCGCUGCUGCUGUGGCUGAAGCAGCAGCAGGCCGCCGCCGCCGUGCCGCCGCCCCAGGAGCCGCCCGCCGACAAGGCCCGCGAGGGGGACGGCUGGUUCUGGCGCUGGUACAAGCGCUACGGCUUCGCGCAGUCGCCGGUGGCAGCAUCUCCCGCGGCGCGCCUCGACUCGGCUCUCACCAACAACACCAACAACAAUGGCAACGCCGGCGACGACAGCGACGAGGACCUGGAAGAGGACGAGCCGCCGGCGACGGCCGCCGAGGCGGUGGCGCACGGCGAGAAGUUCCUGCGCUGGCUGGAGUGCUGCUCCGACCCCAGCGUGACGGCCAUGCAGAUCCUGCAGUUCCGCUACUUGCUCAACAACGUGAGGGCGUGCGCGCACCGGCGCUCGCAGGCGCGAGGCCACACGUCGCGGCGCCAGUGAUCUGCCUGCUCCCGCCACGCGUCGGGCCACUGAGCUCCGCCCGCCAACCGUCGUCGCGGCCAGUGAUCUGGGCUCGUCACACGUCGCGGCCAGUGAUCUACGCCCGUCACACGACUUCGCGGCCAGUGAUCUACGCCCGUCACUCGUCUUCCAGGCCAGUGAUCUACGCCCGUCACGCGACUACGCGGCCAGUGAUCUGGGCUCGUCACACGUCGCGGCCAGUGAUCUACGCCCGUCACGCGACUUCGCGGCCAGUGAUCUACGCCCGCCAACCGCCGUCGCGGCCAGUGAUCUACGCCCGUCACGCGACUUCGCGGCCAGUGAUCUACGCCCGUCACGCGACUUCGCGGCCAGUGAUCUACUCCCGCCAACCGCCGUCGCGGCCAGUGAUCUACGUCCGUCACGCGAAUUCGCGGCCAGUGAUCUGGGCUCGUCACGCAUCUUUGAGGCCAGUGAUCUGGACUCGUCACGGCAAGUGAUCUGGGCUCGUCACGUGUUUUCGCGGCCAGUGAUCUUAAGCCCGUCUCACGUUGUGACAGAGUGGCAGAAGUGACCCAUAUUCACCUCACGCGAGCGAGAACUCUCGACAGACUUCUAGUGCUUUCAAAGUCGUUAUUUUGAUAUGCAAACAUCCUGUAUGUACAUAAUUAACGUACAUACGCAGGAGCAGAGACCGGUAGUGCAAGUAGUGUAUUAUUCUAAACGAGUUCCGUAUUUAUGAAGUGAAGCGAGAACUUAGGCUUGUCGAAAGUGUUGUAGUAUAGUUGUGCGCAGCAGGUCGCCUCAAGUUUGCAAGCUUCAGAAACUGGCUCGACCCUAGACUGACUCGAGUCCUUAAACGCCCAAUUGUCCUACAAGACGUUCCACCAGGUCGCCAUCUCAUCUUUAUACUUUUUAUACAAGGUUUCUAGCUGCAAAAAGUUUGUUUGGCAAUGCCAUUGUUUGCAAUCAUUUCAGCAUUUUCUUUUAAUGUGCAAUGUAACCAUCACACUUCCAACAAAUACACAAAUAUAUUUGCAACGGUUUCUUUAUAUUGUAGCAUAUUUGAUUGUAGUUACUAGCACAUGCAAGCUGCACUUUUAGUUCCUAUGUAAAACUACUUUGUUGACUGCUUUUCUGCAGUACAAAAUUACCAAAUUUAAUCAAGCCUCUUUGCACUGCAACAUUUAAAAUAUAAAUUAUAAUUAAUUUUGUGCCCCACUAGUCAAAAUGACAGAUGGCGUUUGUUGCUGCUGGUUAGUGAUGGAAAUACAAUUUUUGAAGUUAUUUAAAAACCAAUUAGGAUUAUUUCAAAAUUUUAGAGUAUUAUUUAUUAAUAUGAAAUCACAAUUUACUCCUUUAGCAAACCAUAUAAUUGUUAAGUUAAAAAAAAAAAAAAAAAACCCUCUAGUGUUUCACAACAGUUUUUCCAGUGCUAGGAAAUGAAUAAUGUGUAAACAACUUCGGCGUGAAUUGUAUUGUAAACCUGAUAUAUUCUAUUAUGGUUACAAUUUAAUUAUUUGACACAAUUUGUUUCUUUGAAUACAGGAGAUCUAGCUAAAAUCUUCAAUUAACUAGUGUAUGUUAAAGUAACAAUAAAAAAAACUUAAUUUGAUCUUGCAUGAUGCUCAAAAACUGAAGUAAUUUAACUAAGUGGCAUCUGUAAUUGUCAUACUUAAAAUAAACCUUCCUUCUGAACUGACAUGCUCCAAACUCCCCUAUCUCUAGUCAAGAGGGCUGCGUGGCUAGGCUCGGCCGAACAGCGCGUGCAGUCUUCUUCUCGUAAGUCUCUACGGGACUUAAUUGUCACCCCCAUUUUUUUGGAGCAACAUUAAACAUGAAGUCUCCCUGCACUCACCAUAACGUGUACCAAAUUUUUAAAAAUAUUAGUUAUUAAAUAUAAAUAUAAUUUUGAAAAUGUCCUUUUAGCUACUUUCACUAUAAAAAAAAAUGCUAAAAACCAAUUUUGCACAUGCAGUUAUAAUUCUUUCAGGUGCUAUCAGUGUUGGGGCAUCUUUCAGAAAUGUAGAGCGGUUAAAAAAUGGCACUGAAACUCGACUCGCCGUUGGCGGCCAACUUCACAGAGAACAACUGUGGUGAUUUGUUUCAAAUAUAGUUAGCCUUGACGAGGCGGCUUCUGUAAAGUAUAUUCUAAUGUGAAAUAUUUAUUGGAACCGAUAUUGUCAUCAAAAUGUCAAUAAUGUGUUUAGAAAUCUAUCAAUGAAUACAAAGUAAAAUACUAAUGCUCACAAUCAACCUUUGUUGCCCAUCACAACUGCAGCGAUGACAAACUGCCUCGGAAACUACAACACAGACUCGUUAAAUAUUUUGAAUUAUUGACCAACUCAGUUCCAUGUGCAUUAAAAAUACUUUUUAUAGCAGUCACUCCUAGUGGAAUUAUUUCUGUGUGUGCCAUUGACAAACCUCAAGAAUUAAGUGUUCAUUAUUUAUUCAAUUUUGUUUUAAAAAUUGAAGAAUUUUGUGCUUUGUUUUUAUUUUAAAAUGUUUGUACAUGUGGUUAAAUAUUAUGCCUAUAUUAAUUUAAUAACUAAAGUUGAUUCACAGUUAGAAGUAUUAACAAACCUUAUAAGAAUUUUUUUUUUUCAAAUCUAUAUCAUUUUAAUAUCAAUGAAAAAAUGUUUGCAAUUUUUUUUACUGCUGUCUAGUACUGAUGUAUGUUGUUUUAUAAUUGGAAUUUACUUCCUAUGACUGUCUUAUUAUUUGAAUCUUACAAAUAUAAAUACACAAAAUCAAUAAGCUAUGUUGAAAU